AUGGCGCAAGUGCUUUCCCUCCAAGAAGUGUUUCAUUCUGCUGACACACGCCACGCAAGACCAGCCAAACCACAGGAGAGGACUACCCACAAGUUCAAGACGUCAGUGUCCGUCCCUAAAAGGGGUGCUGUUACUCCGUUAAGAAAAACCCACAAAUUGAAUUCGGAUGUUUCGCCCCAUAGAGCUGUAUCUGCUGUAAGGUUGAUGAGAAUAGAGAUGGGUGGCGCAUUUGCUGAUUUAUUGAAUGAGAAGGGGAAAGGUUCCGGUGAGAAUGAAAUGGGAUAUGUGGGAAGAACUCUUGGAUUUCGUACCAAGGACUUAGAUGACCGGGAUCUUAGACUGGUUACAGAUGUUGUUGGAGGUACCAUUCGCUGGAGGAGGUAUCUUGAUCAUUUAAUUUGCUCAUUGUGUCACGACGAGAGAGUAUUUCGGAGCAUGGAACCUCUUCUCUUGCAGAUUCUUCGAAUUGGAUUUUAUGAGAUUCUCAAGCUAGACAUGCCACCUUAUGCUGUUGUAGAUGAGAACGUUAGGCUGGCAAAAGCUGCACUGAGACCUGGUGCCGGUAAUCUGGUCAAUGGCAUUCUGAGAAAGCUAUUGGUGGUAAAGGAUAAUGACUCCCUUCCUCUACCCAAAGUAGAAGGUGAUGAUCGGACGCAAGCUCGUGCUCUAGCCACUAUUCAUUCUCAUCCUGUGUGGAUGGUAAGGCGUUGGACAAAGUAUCUUGGACAAGAAGAAACAGUUAGGUUGAUGGUUUGGAACAACAGUGAUCCCAGUUUCAGCUUGAGGGCAAAUUGUGGAAAAGGAUUUUCAAGAGAUGACCUUGUGAAGCAACUUCAACUUUUGAAGGUACCUCAUGAGCUGUCUUUGCAUUUGGAUGAUUUUGUUCGCAUCAGAACUGGAAUGCAGGCUGUUUUACAAGCUGGAUUGCUGAAACAAGGUCUAUGUGCAGUUCAGGACGAGAGUGCAGGAAUGGUGGUUUCUGUUGUGGAUCCUCAACCGAACGAAACCAUAAUUGACUGUUGUGCUGCUCCUGGAGGAAAGACUCUUUAUAUGGCUGCUUUGAUGAAACAUCAUGGCAAGGUAUAUGCAAUUGAUGUGAACAAAGGUCGGUUGAGAAUUCUUAAAGACACAGCGCAAGUGCAUCAAGUUGAUGGAAUUAUCACCACAGUGGCUGCUGAUCUUCGAACAUUUGCUGAGGAAACAAAAGAGAAAUAUGACAAAGUUUUGCUGGAUGCUCCGUGUUCCGGGCUUGGUGUUCUAUCCAAGAGGGCAGAUUUGAGAUGGAACAGGAGGGUAGAAGAUUUGGAAGAACUGAAGAAUCUGCAAGAUGAGCUCCUCGAUGCAGCUUCUACGUUGGUGAGGCCUGGUGGAGUGUUGGUAUACAGUACCUGCUCCAUAGAUCCAGAGGAAAACGAGGAAAGAGUGGAAGCAUUUCUCCUCAGGCAUCCUGAAUUCAACAUAGAUCCAGUAGACAGAUGGGUUCCUGCAGCUUUUGUAUCGAACCGGGGUUUCUUUGCCUCCAACCCAGCGAAACACUCAGUGGAUGGAGCCUUUGCAGCUCGCCUGGUGCGUGCCUCUGAGCAAAGAAACAUUAUGACUUAUGAGAGAGGAGAAAGUUUGAGCCUUUCCCUUUGGGAUUCCUUCCAUGUGAGAACCCCAAACCCAUUUACCCACCGCGCUGCAAAAGAAUAUGGUCAGGAGGCGAAGAUGAGCAAGAAGCAAUGGCUGCCUCGGCUGUCAAGUGCCCUUUCACGGGCCUACUGUUCCUCGUCUGCUUCUUCCUCCUCAUCGUCGACUUCGUUCCCUCUCAAACAUGUGACGAAGUCCAACUUCGAAUCCGCGCUCGCCGAGCUCAGAACCCAUGUCCGCGCCGCCGAUUUCGUCGCCAUCGAUUUAGAGAUGACCGGCGUCAUCAGUGCGCCAUGGAGGGAGUCCUUCGAGUUCGACCGCUUCGAUGUUAGGUACCUCAAGGUCAAGGAUUCCGUCGAGAAGUUCGCUGUCGUUCAAUUCGGCGUUUGCCCCUUCCGUUGGGACUCUCAACGGCAAUCCUUCAUAGCUCACCCGCAUAAUUUCUUUGUAUUUCCACGCGAAGAGCUUCUCUCUGGUGGCCCUUCCCAUGAGUUCCUCUGCCAGACAUCAUCCUUGGAGUUCUUGGCCAAGUAUCAGUUUGAUUUCAAUACAUGUAUUUGUGAAGGGAUAUCUUAUUUGUCCAGAGGACAAGAAGCCGAAGCAUUGCGUCGCUUGACUCUCCAUGAUAAGAGGUUAUCAGACUUGUCGAAUAACUCUGAAGAUGGGGAAGGCACGCCAUUGCCUAAUAUUACUGACGUUCUGUUCAUCAAUCGAAUGAAAGACAGAUUGAGGGAGUGGCGUUCGGGUUUAUUACAGACCACUAGAAAUGAUACUUCCCAGUGCCAUGACCCUUCAAAAGAUUCGAAGCAACAGUUUCAUACUGUUUUCUUUAAGAUGCGCCCGGCUGUCUCUCUGAAUGGUUUCACCUCUCAUCAACUUAAUUUGAUCCGGAUGGUCACCAAGCAACAUUUCAAUGAUCUUGUUUACAUUCGUGUCUGUGGUGAAAACUUUUGGUGUGAACAUCUUGUUGUGUAUACAGACACAGAGAGUGACAAGGCCUUAUUACUGACAGAGGUGAAGAACGAAUACCAUAGAGAUGCAGAGAAGAAGAUCAAAGCUGCAAUUGGGUUUCGCCAUGUUAUAGACCUUCUUUCUUCUGAGAAAAAGUUGAUUGUCGGUCAUAAUUGCUUCUUGGAUAUUGCACAUGUAUACAGUAAGUUCUUGGGUCCUCUCCCUAGCACAGCUGAAGAGUUUGUUUCCUCACUGAACAAGCAUUUUCCUUGCAUUGUUGACACCAAAAUUCUCUUGAAUUCAAGUCACUUACUGCAAAAAAGGAUGAAAAAAGCAAGCACAUCGCUCUCCUCGGCCUAUCUUUUACUUUGUCGACAGAUCACUUUGGGCGUCGAUAACGGAUCCAACUCGGGUUCUUGUCCAAGCGUGAAAGUGGAGGUGGAAAUGGACGAUACAAGGUCCACAGACUGGAAUUCAGGAGCCAAACAUGAAGCAGGAUAUGAUGCUUUCAUGACCGGUUGCAUCUUUGCACAGGCAUGCCAACAUCUCAGUAUUGAUUUCAACCAAUAUUCAACUUCUCCACUGAACUUGGCCCUCAAUGAGAACCUCGAGAAGCACAUCAAUCGCCUCUACUUGAGCUGGAUCAAUAGCAACAUCAUCGACCUAGCCACCGGAAAGCAGAUAGAUCAUGUUGGAUCUAAUAGCAGACCGAGCAAGCGAUUCUCGAAGAUUGUGUUUGAGAAUGUUGUUCUGAUAUGGAGGUUCCCAUCCAAGCUCAAGGCAAGGGAGAUCAAGGAAUGCAUAUGCAAAGUCUUUGGUCCAACCUCUGUUGCAUCAGUCUUUCGAGUGGAUGAAAGUGCAGUCCUGGUUCACUUCAGCAAGCCGGAGUUUGUUUCGGACUUUCUACUUCUGAAAGAGACAUUGGAAGGGAGCAACGAUGUGAUAUCAGCGGUGCAUCCCCUGUCGGGGAUUCUGGAUGGAGGGAAGACUUGCGCUGCAGAUUAUGAGACGUAUAAAGAGAUAUGCAGGUCGCCGGUUUCCAGGGCUCUCCUUGCCGAUUCAGCAGAUGAUGUUGUUGGGUUGGGAUGGAUGAGGAAGAAGACCACUGUCUUGGUAGGCGAGGGACACCGUGGAGAUGAAGGAAGAACAAGUGUCGAUGAGGAAGAAGAAUACGAGUCGAGUGGUAGUUGUUCGUCACGUGAUGUCGUUGAGGUGAAAGAGAUGAGAGCUACUCAUAUGUGA